CCUGCUGGGCGGAACUGUGGCUGUGCCUUCCAGCCUUGUCAAUUGAGGCCGUAGCUGGGCCCCCCAACUGGCCCAGAUGACAGAGCAUGCUGACACGGGCGACGCAACACCUCCGCCCCAGCGGGCAGCAGGGAGGUCCUACAUGCAGGCUGAGCUGCAGCAGCUGGCCGCAGAUGCGCGGCGGGCGGCGGCGGAAGCGGGCCUCACGCUGCUCCGCAGCCACUGCAGCCUCAGCGGCUACCGGGGCGUGCUGAGAGAUUCAGACAGCACCGUCGGGUUGAAAAACCCGUACCGCGCUCAGGUGCGACGAGGCGGGCGGCGGGUCACGCUCGGCCGGUUCGCCACCGCGGAGGAGGCGGCGCUCUGCUACGCCCGCUCCCCCGAGGGCGAGGCGGAGGCCAGGCUCGCCUUUGACUCUGAGCGCCAGCCAAAGGCGCACGGCCCGCGCUCGAGCGCGCAGCGGGCUCUGACGCCGCACUCGAACGUGCCGGAGCGAGCGAAGAGGGAGGGCCCGCGCGGCGGCGUGCGGAAGCGCCAGCUCGACCGGCCGAUACACUCCGCUGCCUCAGCUCCGCGCGGGUGGCAGACGGACGGCUCUCUGGACGUCAUCAGCUCUGGGGCGGAGGAGGCGGAGGCGCGGGAGCCGGAGGGCGGCGCGGAGGCGGCCCGCGGCUGGGAUCCCGCGCCCGCCGAGGCGGAGGAGAUCGAGGCGGCGGUCGAGAACCUGAUUCGGAUGAAGUCCCACCAGGUGGGCAGCGCGGAGGUGUACUGAGCCCGCGGUUGGGUGCGGUCCGCUGACGGCACCUCCCUUCUGGCCGGGUGGGUUUUCCCCCCCCCCCCCCCCCCGGCACCUGGGCGGCGUCUUCUUUUGUUCGCUGGGCGAGCGCGGCCUUACUGCGCAUCAUACUCCUACUCCUCGAACUGACUCUGUUAUGCCACGACUCUCUCUCUUACUUAUAUGAUUGUUGCGCGCGGGGUGCGCUCUGUGCUGUGACUGGCGGUUCUAUCGGCUGUGGUGCUAUCUAGAGAGAGUGCGGGGCGCUCUCUCGGUCAACUUGUACAUGGUGCAUAGGUAUUUUUUUAAUUUUUUGUGUAAUUG